GGUAAGCAGUCAUCACAUGGUGACGUGCAGUGUCUUAACAGCAUCUCCACCCUAGAGUCUCCGGAAGUCAACACCUCCCACUCCAGUCUGGACUUUGAUGCUGUGGGCACUCCCCAAAGCCAGAAGUUUAUGGCUCCCACCUGCUCAAUUUGACAGGAAGCGUCUCCUCCCCAUUUCUCCCCACCCACUGUGGACAAGAGAUUCCCAGAAACCCCAUCUCCCUGUGACCUCAUGGUGUGCUCUGCUCCCCACCCCAGGGACAGAAGGAGCCAGAAGGAGUACACAAUCAGCUUACUUGCCCCCCACUGGGAAAUUCCAGGGAAAGGAAAUUCGUGUGGACGAAGGCAAAGGCCCGAGUGGACAGGCUGGGGAAGGCAUUGUGAUGCCCUCAACCCCCACCCUGCAGGUGGUUCAUGAGGGGGCCAACUGUCCUGCCUGCACGAGGCGCCGGGAGGAUGCGGUGACCACCACCUGUGGACACACCUGCCAGCUCUGCCUCCUGCCGCCCUCCCAGAUGGGGGCUCAGCCCUCAGGCAAGAUCCUACUCUGCCCACUCUACCAGGAGGAGGAGCAGUCAGAGGCCCCCAUGGCCCCUGUCCCCCUAGGCUCACUGGAGGAGACUUACUGUAAGGAGCACGGUGAGAAGAUAUACUUCUUCUGUGAAAAGGAUGCUGAGUUCCUCUGUGUGUUCUGCCGGGAGAGUCCUUCCCACCAGGCCCACCCUAUGGGGCUCCUUGAUGAGGCUAUUCAGCCCUACCGGGAUCGUCUCAGGAGUCGGCUAGAAGCUCUGAUUGUAGAAAGAGAUGAAAUUGAGAACAUAAAGUAUCAAGAAGACCAGAAGCUUCAAGUGCUUCUGGCUAAGAUUGAAAACAAGAAGCAACAGAUAGAAGCAGCUUUUGAGAGGCUGGAGCAGGACCUGAAGGAACAGCGGUGUCUCCUGCUGGCCAGGCUGAGAGAGCUAGAGAAGCAGAUUUGGAAGGAGAAGAUUGAGUACAUGGCAAAGGUCUCUGAGGAGGUUGCUGAGCUUGGAGCCCAGGUCACAGAGCUGGAGGAGAAGUGUCAGCAGCCAGCAAGUGAGCUUUUACAAGAUGUCAGAGUCAACCAGAGCAGGCGUGAGAUAAAGACUGUUGUGAGGACAGAGACCAUUUCUCAUGAACUUGUCAAGAAGAUCCGCGAUCUCCAUAGGAAAACACUCGCCCUCCCAGAGAUGAUGAGGACAUUCUCAGAAAACUUGGCGCAUCAUUUGGAGACAGAUUCAGGGGUCAUCACUCUGGACCCUCAGACCGCCAGCCGGAGCCUAGUCCUCUCCAAAGACAGGAAGUCGGUGAGGUACACCGGGCAGGGGCGGAACCUGCGCGGCAGUCCCCUGCGCUUCGACGGCCUCCCCGCGGUGCUGGGCUCUCCGGGCUUCUCUUCCGGGCGCCACCGCUGGCAGGUGGAGGUGCAGCUGGGAGACCGCGGCGGCUGCAUGGUGGGGGUGGCCGGGGAGCAGGUGAGGAGGAAAGGCGACAUGGGCCUGAGCGCCAAGGAGGGCGUCUGGGCCGUGAUCUUCUCGCACCAGCAGUGCUGGGCCAGCACCUCCCCCGGCACCGACCUGCCGCAGAGCGACAUCCCGCGCGGCGUGGGCGUUGCCCUGGACUACGAGGCUGGGCGGGUGACUCUCCUGGACACCCAGACCCAGGCUCCCAUCUUCACUUUCACCGCCUCUUUCUCAGGCAAAGUCUUCCCUUUCUUUGCCGUCUGGAAAAAAGGUUCCUGCCUGACUUUGAAAAGCUGAGGUGGAGUGGAGACCCGAGUGUCCUGAGACCCAGCUCCUCCCCUCGCCCUCAGAAAGGCCUUGGGCAACUCCUUGUGCCGGAGUGAGGUGGGAGGGCAGGUGAUCUCUGGCCUGGAACAGGACAGUGAUGUGUGUGCUUAUGUAUCUUAACGCCUUUCAGCUCUCUAACCCCCAAAGCUGCCCUUGACCCCCAGCCUUCUCUGCAUGGCGAGAGGAGGACCAGAGGCAGGGGGGCUGUGCCUGGGACAUCAGCAAACCUGAGAGUCAGUGGGCUUUGGGGAGCGGGGUGGGAUCUAAAAUAAAAUCUUUAAAGCUGAAAAGUAUUCAUCAUAGGAAAAACCAGGACCUGCUUGGGCUUGCACAAGAAAAUUGACUUUUUACACACCUGGAGACUCCUUCACCUGUGCAGGGUUUAGGGCCUCUUCAUCAGCCCUUUCUUUCUGCUCAGGUCAUUCCUCUAGAUCUGUAGAGAAUGUCCUAAUAAAGUGUGACCCCCAGACCUCUGCAUUUCAUGUGCCUAAUCAGUGCUGAUGAAGCUGAUGGGAAGGCUUAAAUGCAGUGGAGUGUGUCUCUGGCAACAACUUGGGGGUAACAAGGGUUGGGGGGCCUGAGGGGAUAUUAGGCUCCGACAGGAUGAGUCCUGCUUCUUCCAUGGCCAAGACACAACCCUGCCCUUUCCUUUACACAGGACUUCCCUGAUGACAGUGGGACAGUCACCAAGCAUUACAGAAGGCUAUGAGGUUAAAAAAAUUGUUUUUUAAAACAUGAUAUUCAUAUGAUACAUCUGUGAAAUACAUAGAACUUUGGUUUUUCUCUUUCUGUGAUGGAUAAAACUAGUCCACAGUUAACUUAACUAACAGCUGGUCUGACCUGCUAAGGUAGAAUCUGGUCCUGUGCCAAGUCCCUCAGUGCAGUUGUUAAGGUGAAAGAGAAGCAAGCCUAACUCCGUUUUGAUAUAAUUCUUUUCCCUGAGAAUCACUGGGAAGGCAAAGCAGGCCUGAUUCCAUUCUGUUGUUUUGCUACAUUUUAUGGCUUUUAAAAAAAAAAAACAUGGAGGGAGUAUCAGAAAGAAAGGAGUGAUGUUCUUUUCUCCUGCUUGUUCUGAUAAAGCGUUUAGUGAAGAGUAUUAACAAGAGCAUCGCAGUUUUGGAUACAGAGUUGUGUGGCAUAAUCUUAACUAUCCUAUUCUGUUUCCUGCUGUCAUAAAACUGUUCUUGCGAGGGUGGCACCUGUGACUCAGUGAGUAGGGCGCUGGCCCCAUAUACCGAGUGUGGUAGGUUCCCAGCCCCGGCCAAAAUGCAACAAAAAAAUAGCCGGGCAUCGUGGUGGGCGCCUGUAAUCCCAGCUACUCGGGAGGCUAAGGCAAGAGAAUAGCCUAAGACCAAGGAUUUGGAAGUUGCUGUGAGCUGUGACACCACGGCACUCUA